GCGUGGCCUUCGCCCUCACCCCGGAGCUGGCUGGUUGCAGAACUGGAGCUGCAGUCGCCGCCUCAGCCUGUGCGAGACCGUACAGUUCCCCGCUGCCCCAGCUGAGCCUGGCCGGGACCCCGGCCGAGGAGGCUGCUGCCGUCUCUCGGAGCCCACCACUCGCUCCUCAAACCCUUCGCCGCCCACCUCGGGCACCCCAGGCUGCACCAUGGUGAAGGUUACGUUCAAUUCGGCUCUGGCCCAGAAGGAGACUAAGAAGGAUGACCCCAAGAGCGGCGAGGAGGCGCUCAUCAUCCCUCCGGACGCCGUGGCUGUGGACUGCAAGGAUCCAGAUGAAGUGGUCCCAAUUGGCCAGAGAAGAGCUUGGUGUUGGUGUAUGUGCUUUGGACUAGCAUUUAUGCUUGCUGGUGUCAUCAUUGGAGGAGCAUACCUUUACAAAUAUUUCGCACUCCAACCCGAUGACGUGUACUACUGUGGAAUAAAAUACAUCAAGGAUGAUGUCCUCUUAAAUGAGCCUUCUGCAGAUGCCCCAGAUGCUCAGUACCAGACAAUUGAGGAAAAUAUUAAGAUCUUUGAGGAAGAUGAAGUUGAAUUCAUCAGUGUGCCUGUCCCAGAGUUUGCAGAUAGUGAUCCUGCUAACAUUGUUCAUGACUUUAACAAGAAACUCACAGCCUAUUUAGAUCUGAACCUGGAUAAGUGCUAUGUGAUUCCUCUGAACACUUCCAUUGUUAUGCCACCUAGAAACCUCCUGGAGUUGCUCAUUAACAUAAAGGCUGGAACCUAUUUGCCUCAGUCAUAUCUGAUUCAUGAGCACAUGGUUAUCACUGAUCGUAUUGAAAACAUUGACCACCUGGGUUUCUUUAUUUAUCGACUGUGCCAUGACAAGGAAACUUACAGACUGCAACGCAGAGACACUAUCAGAGGUCUUCAGAAACGUGAAGUCAGUGAUUGUGUUACAAUUCGGCAUUUUGAAAACAAAUUUGCCGUCGAAACUUUAAUUUGUUCUUGAACAGUCAAGAAAUACCUUAUGGAGAAAAAAAAAAUUAAUACCAUAGCAUAACUCCACCCUUUGUAUUUUGUGCAGUGAUUUUUUAAAAUUUUCUUUCAUGUAAGUAGCAAACAGGGCUUUACUAUCUUUUCAUCUCAUUAAUUCAAUUAAAACCAUUACCUUUUAAAAAUCUUUUCUUCUUUCCAAGUGUGGUGUCUUUUAUCUUUGAAUUAGUAGUUGUAUGAAGCCAUAGAUAAUAGUACACUUCACCCUAGAUCUUAGGUGUUAGGGGAACUUUAAAUUUCUUUAAAUCACUUAUCCACAUUUUUGUUUGCUUUAUGCAUUUUCAAGAUGAGGGGUUAUCAAAGAAUAAUCAUAUAUAUGCAUACCUAAAAAUGGACCACAGUGACUUACUGUAGUUAUAGUUGCCCUGCUGCUUAGUUUGAUAGAGCAUCUGAGCACAUACUUUAAUUUAGUUCCAAUUAAAAUGUGCAGUAUUUUCAGUGUCAUAUUUUACUAUUUAGAGUAUGAUUUCCACUUUGAUGUUUUAAUAUCCUAGCACCUGCUGUAAUGAUAUUUUAGAAGAUGUUUGGAAUUUAAGAAAUAACUUGUGUUACUAAUUUGUAUAAUCCAUAUCUGUGCAAUGGAAUAUAAAUAUCACAAUGUUCUUUGACUAAAGACUGUGUGUUGUUUUUCCAGUAUAAUAAAACCAAAGAGUUAA